UUGGAGCGUUCAGUAGCAAAAUGAGCGACGCAGCGCCUACACGAGCCGCACGAGUCGCAAUCACCCUCAUGCUGCUGUCUCUGCUGGGCUCCACUGCGAGCGAGAAGGCGACGUCUGCGGAGGACACAUCGUGGAUGGCGCCACUGCAGCAACAGUAUGGCUGGGAUGCCAGCGAGCUGAGGAACAAGAUGCAUCAGGGCGAUGCGACCACCUACGAGCUGGGCACACCCAACUACCAGAUCUUGAACCCGGAGGAUGAGCCCGAGUACAUAACGGCCGAUCAGCCGCACUACCAGGAGAUGCUGCGGCGCCUAACCAGCUCCAGCAAUGGCAGCCAUACUAUUGACAUGACCAUGCCCAGUACCAUCUCAAGUGCCUCGGCCGUAGCCUCAGCCUCAGGCUCAGCCUCAGCCUCAGAUGAGCCCAAAGAGGUCAAGUGGGAGAAGCUGCAGAAGCGCAGCUUUAAUCAACCGGCAGUCGACAGUGGGCACGAGGAGCCUGUGGAGGCAGUGCCCCUAGAUGAAAGAAGCCAUCGCCCAAGGAUACAGGUCUAUGCCGGUGCCAAGCCAUUCCAGACGCUGAUUGCCAAUUUGAGUUAGAUUUGGAUUUAAUUUAGUUUGCUUUGUCAAUUAUUUUCAUAUUGUGCAAUCAACAAAA